AUGAGAGGUUUAACUUUAAAGCAAACGCCAUUGUAUAAUCUUCAUAUUGAAAAAGGUGGUAAAAUGGUUCCCUUUGCUGGAUGGUCUAUGCCUGUAUAUUACGCAAACCAAGGUGUACUAUCAGAGCACAUACAUACUCGAGAAUAUGCAUCUUUAUUUGAUGUUUCACAUAUGCUUCAGUUUAAAAUCCUCGGAAAAGACCGCAUACGUUUUCUUGAAAGCUUGGUUGUUGCCGAUCUUGAGGAGAUGCCAUUUGGUUCCUCUACUUUAUCGGUUUUCACUAAUGAGAAUGGUGGAAUUAUUGAUGAUACUGUCAUUUCUAAACAUGCUGAUCAUCUUUAUGUCGUAUCUAAUGCAGCCUGUGCGGAUAAAGAUUUAGCUCAUAUACGUACUAAAAUGGGUGAAUUUCAAAAAAAAGGUGGAUGGGUUGAUUUAAAAGUUAUUGACGAUCGUGCUCUGCUGGCUUUACAAGCUGCUGAAAUCCUUCGAAAAUUGUGCGAUAAAGAUAUAUCAGAUUUUUCGUUUAUGACUUCCCGUUUUUUUAAUAUCAAAACCAUUGAAAGUCAUGUAUCACGUUCUGGGUACACUGGUGAAGAUGGAUUUGAAAUAUCUGUUGUUGGAACAAGUUCUCAACGACUAGCAAAGUUAAUAUUAGGUUAUCCAAGUGUACAUUUGGCUGGACUUGGUGCGCGUGACAGUUUACGCCUCGAAGCUGGUUUAUGUCUGUAUGGUCAUGAUCUUGAUGAUUCAAUAACACCUGUGGAAGCCGGAUUAUCCUGGACAAUCGGGAAACGUCGUAGAGUAGAAGGUGGCUUUCUAGGUGCUGAUCGAAUUCUCUCCCAACUUAAAGGUGGUGUAGGGCGUCGUCGUGUUGGUCUUAUUAUUGAGGGUGCACCUGCAAGAGAAAAAUCAGAAAUUUAUAAUUCUUCUGAUGAAUUAAUGGGCAAAGUAACAAGUGGAGGCCCAUCACCAACAUUAAAUAAAAACAUUGCAAUGGGGUAUGUAAAAUCUGGAUAUCAUAAAAGUGGGACUUUGCUUAAAGUCAAAGUUAGGAAUAAAUUGCAGGAUGCCAAAGUU